CCGCAACACCAACCCCGCCAAAAACAAAAAUGGCAGAAGGGACGUAUCCUGCACGCGAUUUGAAAGGUCCAAUCUUAAAAACUUGCACGCGAUUAGAAAGGUCCAAUCUUUAAAAACUUCUACUAUAUCCUCUUGUCUCCCCGUUCACAUUCUUUUAUUUAACUUGUGCCUCCUUCUGCUUCCUCGCUCCUCUCUCUCAAACAUACAGAUAAACAGAAAAAAAAUGGAUUAUUCUUCAUUUUCGUUCAACUCAUUCGUAAUUCGCUUUCGAGCUUCGGCCAAUUCGUUUCUUUCGCAAUUUGAACCUCUGGCUCUGCUGCUCGCCCCUCUUCUCAGUCUCCUCGUGGCGCGUGUGCUUCAGUCGUUUCUUUCCCUUAUUCUCGAGAAAGGACUCAAAGCUACGCUACUAGGAUUGUUCAUGAGCUCCGUCAAGCUGGUACCUGGUGUUAAGAGUUACAUUGAUGCGGAGAAACAGAAGGUUGUGGAUAAGUUACAAUCUGGUAGCAAAUCCAAAAGAGAACACUGGAGGACAGAGUUGCCAACCAUAGGUUUAGGAGUAGGCGUUAUAGAGGAAAUGAGAGAUGAAAAGAGCAAGGAUGUUGAUUGGAAAGGAAAAUGCUCCGGUACAGUCUAUAUUGGUGGAAGUGAAUCUGAAGGACAUUUUGCUUUGAUCAACGAGGCAUGUUCAAUGUUUGCACAUACCAAUCCGCUACAUUUGGACGUGUUCCAGAGUGUGGCACGAUUUGAGGCUGAAGUGGUUGCUAUGACAGCUGAUUUACUUGGCAGUAAAGAGAAGGCUUCUGGAGCACAAGUAUGCGGAAACAUGACAUCAGGAGGAACUGAGAGCAUAUUAUUAGCUGUGAAAACAUCUAGGGAUUAUAUGAAAAUGAAGAAGGGAAUUACAAGCCCAGAAAUGAUAAUAGCUGAAUCUGCACAUUCAGCAUAUGACAAGGCAGCACAAUAUUUUAACAUCAAGCUGCGUCGUGUACCUGUCAAUAAGGAAUUUCAAGCAGAUGUGAAAGCAAUCAGGCAACAUAUUAACAGAAACACAAUCUUGAUUGUUGGAUCUGCGCCUGGGUAUCCUCAUGGCAUCAUUGACCCUAUUGAGGAGCUUGGUAAAUUGGCUUAUAGCUAUGGAAUUUGUUUCCAUGUUGACCUUUGUCUUGGUGGCUUUGUAUUGCCUUUUGCUUCUAAACUCGGGUACCCAAUUACAUCCUUUGAUUUCACUGUUAUGGGAGUAACUUCAAUUUCAGUGGAUGUGCAUAAAUAUGGGCUGGCUCCUAAAGGAACAAGUGUGGUUCUGUACAGAAAUCAUGACAUUAGAAAGCAUCAAUUUGUUGCUGUUACCGAGUGGUCAGGUGGGCUUUAUGUCUCUCCGACUAUAGCUGGAAGCAGGCCUGGAGGAUUGAUUGCUGGAGCUUGGGCAGCAAUGAUGUCUCUGGGACAAGCAGGUUACUUGGAAAAUACAAGAAAGAUCAUGGAAGUAUCAAAGAUGAUACAGAAAGGGAUAAAGGAGAUCCCUGAGUUGUUUAUCAUUGGGAAGCCAGACAUGACAAUCGUGGCAUUUGGAUCCGCUGUUCUUGACAUAUUUGAAGUUAAUGAUAUCAUCUCUAGCAAAGGUUGGCAUUUGAAUGCAUUGCAGAGACCCAAUAGCAUUCAUAUCUGUGUCACUCUUCAACAUGUACCAGUUGUUGAUACCUUCCUACAGGAUUUGAGGGACGCCGUACAAACUGUGAAAGAAAAUCCGGGGCCGAUAAGCGGAGGUCUAGCGCCCAUAUACGGUGCAGCAGGAAGUAUGCCAGAUAGAGGCAUGGUUCAAGAACUGUUGGUAAAUUACAUGGAUGGUACAUGCUAGUACAUGCCAUUGUAGUCCCCCAUGCUUCAGUUCUCAUCGUUUUGCUUCUUAUAAGAAAUCUGGUUAAUUCAUCAAGGAAAUAAAUGCUUAAUUUAUUCCCAUUCACUGAAUUCCCAGUCAAUAAUUAUUGGUUUAUUUUAUAAAAAAAAUUCCUUUUUGUACCUUUUAUGACAUUCAAGCAGGCGCAUUUGGUCUACCUCAUCUCAUGAAUAUAGAAAAUCUAUUUGUCUCGUUAUGGUCUAGCCGUAAAAUUUUGCCUUUGAUGCUGUGGGAGCUUUCCAAUCCAGCUCUCAAAUGGACAUAGUUUUUGUCCAUAUUUUAAUUUCGGUUG